AUGGUUCUAACUAUUCUUGGAACAGCCGAUUUUGAUCUCACAGGGCAAUUGGUGUGGCCUGGAGCAAUGCUGUUGAACGAUUACCUUUCAAACAAUGCGGUGCUUCUGCAAGGAUGCACUGUUUUGGAAUUAGGCUCUGGGGUCGGCAUUACUGGAAUACUGUGCAGCAGGUUUUGCAGCAAAGUUGUAUUAACAGACCAUAAUGAUGAAGUUCUCAAGAUCCUGAAGAAAAAUAUAGAUCUGCAUGCAUCUUCCGAGAUGUCUAACUGCUGUUCUGAAUUAGUCGCUGAGAAACUCGAAUGGGGAAAUUCGGAGCAGAUCUGCCACAUUUUACAGACGUAUACAAAUGGAUUUGAUUUGAUUCUUGGAGCUGACAUAUGCUUUCAACAAUCGAGCAUUUGUUUGCUUUUCAACACUGUGGAAAAACUUCUUCAAGCUAGAAGGGAUGGGCAAUGCAAAUUCAUACUAGCCUAUGUAUCCCGAACCAAGACUAUGGAUUCGUUGGUCAUUAGCGAAGCUGCACGGUGUGGGAUGCAGAUAAAUGAAGUAGUUGGGACUCGUUCUGUGGUUGGAAACCUUGAAGGAGUCAUCUUUGAGGUGACCCUUAAAAAACAGCAUGAGUAACUACAACGUUCACAUUUUAUGGGCGACAAAUCACGAGAGCUUCAAGUGUAUUUUCUUCCUUUCCAUGUUGAACCAGAAAUGGAUAAUUCAUUCUGUAUUUUGCUUCGAGAGAAGCUUGCCUAGGUUUGGAUUUUGCAUUUUCAGUUUCCUUGUAAAGUUUUCGUUUCAACUAUAUUCUGCCAAUGGGGUCGGAUGGAAGUAAUCUCGUUCGUUGGAUGAUGAUAUAUGUUUCCAAGUAUGCUUUGUUUCAUUGCUUGUAAGGAGAGGUCUAAUGUUUGGGGAAAUUGCCUGGCUUUGCUAGCAAGAGGAAUCUAAUGCAAAAUAUGUUUUAUGUUUA